AUGGAUCGUGGGACAAGCCUGCCUUGUUCUGGGACAAACCCCCCCUCCCCCUUGUCUCUGUAGCUGGUGGGAAUCCGGAGCCACUCCAGAACCCCUUUCAGGCCGCCCCGCAGAGUGAGCCCUGCUACGCCAACCUGGAGCUGCAGACGAGGCCCCUUCAGGGAGAGCCCGUGCACCCGAGGCAAGAGGAGGUGGAAUACAGCACCGUGCAGGCCCCCAGGGAAGACCUGCACUACUCCAUGGUGGUAUUCACCGCGCAGAAUCAGGAUCCUGAGGACCAGAGUCCCUCCCAGAGGCCCCCGCGGCAGGAGCCAGAGUACAGCGAGAUCAGGAAGACACGGCAGGAGCCAGAGUACAGCGCGAUCAGGGAGACACGGCAGGAGCCAGAGUACAGCGCGAUCAGGACGUAGCUGGCCUCCCGCCUCCCUGCCUGGAGGUCUCUGUGGGGAGCCCAGGGCCCCCCCUUCCCCCACGUGCCCCUCAGCCUGCUCCCCUCCAACAAGGCGGCUGGGCUCCCGCCACCUGUCCCUCUGGCGCUGGGACCUGUGGGGUACCCUCCCAUGGGGCCGGCUCUGUCACACCUUCCCUCUAUUCUCUGCCUCACUCCAGCCGUGUGAUGGCGCUCAGCCCCGAGGGAGGGAUCCAGGACAGGGAGGUGCACACACUGUCCCCUCCCAGUAGCUUCAUAAGGCCCUGCCAGUGUCGAGCUGGCGGGGAGGGAGAACCGGCAGAGAGCGGGGAGCCCCUCAGGGCUGAGAGCAGGCCCCUCUUCUCCAGGCGAGGAGGCGGAGGCUGGAGGAGAGGCUGCCCUGGCCCAGACCCAGCAGCGGGCAUGUCCUCGGCUCCCCUGGACCCUGAGAGGUUGAGUUUAAUACAAGAGACAGCAAUAAAGGUGACAACAUCUUGAGAGAAGAGGCGUUAUUGGAACGAUGCCUGCUGGCCUCUGCUCCGCAUUGAAGAAAGCUCCUGCCCUGGAUCCCAGAGGAGCAGAGAGGCUGGAGGGGCCCCAGGGGUGGGGACAUCGCAGAGGUCAGCACUGGGCGGGACAGGGGCAGCCACCCCUCGUUCGCUCCACGUCAGGGGGUCAGACUUGCUGCACGCAGUCCCGGCCCUCAGAGCCUUGCCUGCCGCCCUCUCCGCUGUGCAAAGUCUCAGGGCUUUUGUUUCUACUCUUCACAACGUUGGGACCCAUGUUAAGUAAGUAAGAGUUAAAAGCGAGGAGUGUAUGUCAGUAUGUCCCGUAAGUCAAAGGGAGGCCCGGCCCCUGACCCUGGGGGCCGUGGUGAUGCUGCCGUCACCAUCAACUUGAGCCUUUGAGCACUUUUCUCGGGGCGGUGGGCCCAUCGCUUUCAGCAGGUUUUUCCCGAGGGCGGACGGACACAUCUGCUGGUGUCUUCUUCAGAUUUUCGUGAUCUGUGCAUGGGAGCCAUCCCAGUACUUCCUCUCUCUUUGCUGCUGUUCUGAGAUGCAAAAGGGGAAAUACACACACACACACACACAGACACACACACACACACACACACACAGAAUGGGGGUAUCGGAUUCCCCAGGUGGCCCGUGAAAUCACAAGGGGCUUUGUGGGAGGGAAGUCAAAGGGUUAGAGUUAGAAAAAAUCGAUGACAAAGUGUGUGGGGGGGAUUAUUCAGAUUCACCCAAUUUUAAAAAACAUGUUCCACAUUUGUUUUGUUAUUAUAUCUA